AGCGUCAUCUUGGACUAUUGAUGUCCCAUCCUCAGUAAAAGGUCUCCUUGGCUCAUGUGUGGUGAUCCCUUGCUCUUAUAACUACCCAAAUGCAAAGGUCCAAACAUUCACAGGGAUUUGGACCAAUGAUGGGAAUCAAGUCAUCUAUCAUCCAACUGAGUCUAAAAUGCUGGAGCAAUAUAGGAGACGAACAAAACUUCUUGGAGACAUCAGCAAGAGUAACUGUUCUCUGAUGAUUGAAAAUCUUCAACAAAACGAUGGAGGGCCUUUUCACUUCAGGAUUGAACUUGGAGGCUACAACAGUUUUUCCUACUUAAAUAAGAAAGUCUCCAUUUUAAUGAUUCGUGAACCAAAUGCCAUUGAUUUUUCUGCGCAUGAGGACAUAAAGGAGGGUCAACCUGUGUCUGCAUCCUGCUCUGUGUUUCACUCCUGCCCCACAUAUCCACCAGCUUUUCACUGGAGUCACUCUGGAGAGCAGCAUUUUCAAGCACAAAAGCUUCAUGAUGGCCAGUGGAAGGCAACAUCAAUUUUAACGUUUCGCUCAAACCGCACUGAUCACAACAAACUGUUACAAUGCAGAGUUACAUACCAUGGAGGAAAGCACCAAGAAACAUCCAAGACCCUUAAAGUAAAAUAUGCUCCAGUGAAUGUGAAGGUUGAGUACCAGUCAGAUGUGAAUGAGGGACAAACUGCACACCUGAAGUGCUCCAGUGAUGCAAACCCUGUCAGCAGCUAUGAGUGGCACAGUGAAACUGGAGCUCUGCUGAAUAAGGGACAAACCUACACAAUGUCAAAUGUGUCCAGACACUCAGAGGCCGUGUACUGCACUGCUGUCAAUGAGGAAGGACGAGUCAAAUCAAGCACCGUAAAGCUCAAUGUGUUAUAUGGCCCUGACAUUGAGACUUACUCUAAGUGUUCCUCAUAUAACGGCAUAGUAAAGUGUGAUUGCAUCGUACAGUCCAGGCCUCCCAGCAUGGUCCAUUUUGUUCUUGGUGACAGAGUCCUGCAAAGCACCACAGUAGAGACAGCUGGCUCUGUUACUACUGGGACUCUGCAGACAGACUUUGGGUCCUUUAAGUUUGUUCACUGCCUGGCAAACAACACGCUGGGAAAUGCUAACCUCACACUCUCUUUACCUGUUAAUGACAACAUGCAAUAUAUCUUUAUUGCCUCUGGAACAGGCGUCAUUUUGCUCAUUAUUUUGAUAGCCACUGCUGUUGGAGUUAAAAAAUGCACGUGGAGAUCAGGAGAGACACCACCAUCUGACCUGAGCACAAUGAAGUCAGAGAGACCUGUAGCGAUCCCUCAUCAUGCCCCAGCAAAAAGGAAAGAGAACUAUGAGGAUGCCCAUUACACCAAUUAUCAUGUAUAUGGCAACGUAGGGACUGACUUGGAUGAAUCAGUAUAUGCCAAUGUGUAACAUCUGUGAAAGACCAGCUGCAGUCCAUGUUUGUGUCUUCAGAUGGAAGUCAAGGAAAAUGUUUAAAAAAAAUCCUUAUGCUAUUUUCAUCUUAUAUCACAUAUGUUAUUCCAGUUGUUCAUUAAGUGUUUUAUCAUCAGUCUUCUCCCAAAGUAAAGGGAGUAUGUAGUUG